AUUUCCCAGGAGAGGAGCCGUCGCACAUCUGGCCUCACUAAGUUGCGUUUCAACAAAGUUGUGACGCCACCAUGGAACCUGAAGAAGUGGAUGCUGAAUCAAGGCAUGCUCAACGAUGAUCCCCCCACCAAUCCAAAAAUGCUCUACCCUGUGAUCUUCAUUGUUCUCUGCUUCUAUCUGCACACAGCCAUGGCUGAUUGCCCCUCCCUCUGCGAGUGCAAAUGGAAGAGUGGCAAAGAAACUGUCAUCUGUCUCAACGCCAACCUAUCCCACGUGCCUCUACAUCUUGAUUCAGGCACACAAGUUAUAGACCUCACCGGAAACAUAUUUCCAGUGCUCAAAAGCGAGGAGUUCAGUAGAGCUGGACUAUUGAACCUCCAGAAGAUCUUCCUGUCCAGGUGCCGGUUAAAAACACUGCAACGCUACGUGUUCAAAAACCUCAAGAACCUGGUGGAGUUAGAUCUAAGUGUCAAUUUCUUGAGUUCCAUACCAACCCACACUUUUGAUUCGAUUUACGAGCUCCGAGAGUUAAAAUUGAAUGAUAAUCCAAUUAGGAUUCUAAUGGAUGAGGCUUUCGCUAAUGUUCCUCAGUUGGUGAGACUGGAACUGAACGAUUGCAAGAUAGCAGAUGUUGAACCAAGAGCUUUCGUAGGUCUAGAAAGGUCUUUAGAGUGGUUGAAACUAGAUGGUAAUGAGCUGACAGGGAUCGAAGCUACAUCCUUGACCAGACUAGAAAACCUUCACGGCUUAGAGUUAGCCAGCAAUCCUUGGAACUGCUCCUGCGCUCUCCGACCUCUGAGAGACUGGAUGCUGCGGACCAACGUACCGUUCGGAGUGCCUCCUCUUUGCCACAGUCCAAACCGCCUCAACGGCAAGUCCUGGGAGAAACUGGAUCUAGACGAGUUUGCCUGCGUCCCUGAAAUAGCACCUGGUGAUACCAUAACCCAUGGAGUAGAGGGAAGAAACGUCACGAUGACCUGUAGGAUAGCAGGGAUACCAGAACCAAACGUCCGAUGGAGCCUUAGGAAUAAACUGAUAGCGAACCUAUCGGGAACUCCGAAUACUAACGGUAGAAAACUGUACGUGAUGCAAGUGCAGAAUGAUUCCAGUGAUCUGACAAUUUUCAGUGCGGAUUUACAAGACGCUGGUGUAUACGUUUGUUCCGCGGAAAACAAGGCUGGUAAGGUGGAGGCUAGUGUGACCUUGGCGGUGUCGAGGAAGCCUCAUGAUCAAUCCAUAAGUGUCAAGGUUUUGCUUGUUAGCAUUCUCAUAGGAAUCCUGCUCGUUGUGGUCUUGUGCUUCAUCAGUUUGUGUCUCUGUUCGAAGAGGAAGACGAAAAAGUGGCGUACGCGUGAGUGUUCCAUGGAGGAGAACUACGAGAAGAUCGAGCUGAACCAUAAAGUGAGUGAUAAGAACGGUGGAAUGCAGAGGAACAAUGAGAUAUCAGUUGUGAACAGACGAAACGGUGAUUAUAGUGUGGUUCCUGCAGCGGAUACUGAUCAAGAGUUGGACGACGAUGAGACGUCGACUUUGGAUAUAGCGUCCAGGUCGUCGCAGUGGACGAAGGAUCUGGAUAAGGAAAAGAAGUGGGGAUCUCCUGAUAACUUGCAGAAUCAUGAUAUGCAGAUGCCUAGUAGGAUGAUAAGUGAUACGAGAGAAGAUCAUCCUCAGAUCACCACUUCGACGUCUGGUACAUUUAAUAAACCCAAGGACAAGUCUCCACCGUCGACAUUGCACUGCUACCCCCAAAUAUCCAGAGGCUCGCCUGAAGGAUACAGAUCUUCACCAAACUCCAGGCCACUAAACAUGCCCUUAGACCCGGUCGGCAGAAAAUUCCCAGACAUCGUAGGUACAAGCACCACAAACCCCUUUACAUUCAACCCUAGAAGGACCAACAGCGAGGGCGGCAGCGUCAAUGACAUCUCUGAACUCUUCUGCACCCUUCCGAGGAAAACAAGAAAGUACAGGAGCACGGACAGCGAAGCACCCUUAUUGUCUGAUAGUAGGUACGUGAGUAGUGGUGGAGACAGCUACGGAAGUCAAGAGUCCUCCACUUUGAGGAAAUUCGGAGAUACAUACAGAUACACUGCGAAUAAUCUCAACAGAGAGAAGAUAUCAAACAGUUACCUCAAUCUCUGUAGGGUGGAAAGACCUUCCGCUCACCUCGAGCAACACAAAGCCACCCCUUUGCUUAAUGUUUCCGGUUUAGAGAACAGACCCACGCGACCGGAAAUAUUCUCACCUACUUCCGGCACCCCUAACGCAAACAGCUACGAUUAUCACGCAACCCAGUUGGAACGGUUUUUGGAGGAGUAUAGGUGUUUGCAGAAGCAGCUGACGAAGAUGAAAGAGACGUGUGACAACUUGAGACAUGACACCAACUAUCUGAAGUCGGUGUCCAGGACGAGUUCUAGCGAUGACAUGAAGAAAGGAAGAAGGACAGGUUCUGUUGAUGGAGCUUGUUCUCCGAAUGAUAACUCUUUGGAGUGUGGUGGUAAGGUUCAGAGCGAUCUCACUAAGUAUUUGUUGGCAAAGAGUUCGUCUCCAAAGCCGUAUGCUACUAGCACCUUGUUUAACAAUUGAAGAUUUGUUUCUGAAGUUGUUGUUGCUUCUGGACCACAAUGUGUAUUCUUUGGCUGACUCUGAAAGUUUAUAUCUCGAUAGACCUGACACUGACUGGCCCAUUUUUACAAAGCGUUAAGAUUCUUUUUAGGUGUACUGGGAACUACAACAGUAAAAAUAAAGAAUGGUUAUCUUUUUCUUCCUCUUUUCAAUAUUUUUGUCCUGUUUUUUUCUGUCUUCUACCUGUCAUUGUUAGAUUCAAAAAUUUAUUAAAAAAAAUGA